AUGUCUCUCACCAAGUACAUCCUGCCCAUGCUGGCUGCCACCCAGCUGGCCUUCGCCGCUGAAUGUGGUGAUACUACCGUUUCCUCCCAGUCUGACGCCGAUGGCAUUGCCACCUGCUCCAAGCUGAAGGGUGAUGUGACCAUCUCCAAGUCCUACACUGGCUCCCUCUCCCUCGCCGGCAUCGAGACCAUCACCGGUGGCCUGAUUUGUGAAGGUGGUGAGAACGUCACCGACAUCACCGCUACCUCCCUGACCUCCAUUGGCAAUGCCUUUAACCUGGAGGGCCUGACCCGCCUCACUAUGCUUUCUUUCGCUCAGCUGAACUCUGUCGGCUCCAUCAACUGGAAUGCUCUGCCCAAGCUGCAGUCUCUCAACUUCGAUGCCGGUGUCACCGAUGCUGGUGAUGUCAGCAUCCAGAACACUGGUCUGACUGACCUGACCGGUAUCUCCCUGAAGACCGUCGGCCAGUUCGACAUCGAGAACAACCGUGAUCUCAAGAAGAUCAACAUCAACAACCUGCAGAAUGCCACCGAUCUGAUCAACUUCGCGGGUAACUACGAUGGCCUUGAGAUCGAGCUCCCCAACCUGGGCACUGGUACCAACAUGACCUUCCGCAACAUCUCCAGCAUCUCCGUCCCCUCUCUGGAGAAGCUCACCGGUCAGCUCGGCUUCUGGGGCACUGACUUCCAGACCUUCUCUGCCCCCAACCUGACCUCCACUGGUGACCUUGUUUUCAACGACAACUCCCAGCUUUCCAACAUCUCCAUGCCCGCUCUGACCAAGGUCGACGGUGGUUUCACCAUUGCCCGUAACGACAAGCUGCGCACCAUUGACCUGCCUAAGCUGAAGACUGUUUCUGGCGCCAUUGACUUCAGCGGCAUGUUCAACACUGUUGAUCUCGCUGAUCUGGAGGAUGUCGAGGGUGGCUUCAACCUGCAGAGCACUGACGGCACUUUCAACUGCACCCACUUCCAGAGCAUCCGCCAGACCGUCAUCAAGGGUACCUUCAAGUGCGCUGCCAAGACCAGCGACCCUACCACCUCCAACGGCAAGUCCGGCACUACCUCCAGCACCACUAGCACCAGCUCCUCCAGCACCAGCUCCGGUGCUGCCAUUGCCAACGGUGCCAGCAUGGCUGUUGGUGGUGUUGCUGCCCUCUUCUACGCCCUUGCUCAGCUUGUUUAA